CAGAGGGAGAGAGAAAAAAAGAGAGGGAGAGAGGGAGGGAGAGAAAGAGUUCACAAGAAAAAGGGAGAAGAAAAGAAGGCAAGAAAGAAGGAAAUAAAGGACAUACCAAAUAUGAGGACCACCUUCGUCCUUCUCCUCGUUCUGCUCCUCCAGCGGUGUGCACAUGCUGAAAGUCCAGAAGAGGAUUCUCUUCCUAGUGGACCUGUAGGCAAACCCAAAGAAUCAAAACCUGCAGGACAGCCAGGUCCAGAUCCACAGCCCCCGAAACCAGACCCAGAUCCACAGCCCCUGAAACCAGGCCCUGAUCUACAGCCCAGCUCUGAGCGUUUGUCUCAGGAGUGUCUGAAAGAAAAGUACACACGCCUGUCCUGUUCUAAAGUGUUCUGCCCACCGUGGAGGCGCUGCCUCAACGGGAAGUGCGUCUGUAAGCUGCCCUAUCAGUGUCCACGCCUGGGCAGAUCUGUCUGUGGACUGAAUGGACGGUCCUACAUCUCCUACUGUCAGGCACAAGCCAUUGCCUGCAGGAGCAACACAGCGGUGUUCUCUCACUACGGCUCCUGUGACCAAGAUGCCUUUAAGGCGGAGCUAAAGAAAUCCGGUGAUCGAGAUGUCGUUCAGGUGGAAACCAUAAAAGGAAGAGCUUUGAUCUGUGGAGCUAAGUCGUGGGACAUGGCUGCAGCUAAUGUUCUCUGUCGCAGCCUGAAAGCAGAAGCCAGAGGUGCAGCUUCUGCUCAGAAGAUGAUGUUUAAGGAUCUGGAGUUUGGCCAUCGAUGGCCUUAUAAGUGUGUGAGUGUGAGCUGCACAGGAUCUGAGUACUCCCUGGCUGAAUGUACCAUCAAUGAGCCUCAGGAUGUGGAGGAGGACACUGAGAUUGCUGCCUUUACCUGCUACAAGACACCCCAAGAUGACGACGAGUGUCCGGAGUUCCGCUGCGUGAAUGAGAAGUGUAUUUUGUGGAAACACACCUGCGAUGGAGUCGAUGACUGUGGAGAUAACAGCGAUGAGAUGUGCUGCAGUGAGUGCCAGAGCGGGGCGUUCCACUGUAAGUCUGGAGUGUGUAUUCCGGGCCACGCUGUUCGGGAUGGGAUCAGAGACUGUCUCGGAGGAGAAGAUGAAGUCCCCACCGCUGCAGUGGGACCUGCUCAAACUGAGCUUGUGUGGCGGAGCCAAAGAAAGGAUAUCCUGCAGGCUCGUAACUACACUGAGAGUCAGCUGGAAUGUGGGAUUCCGAACUUCAGUUAUGUCUACAGGAAGGAGGAGGAGACCCGACCAAUCCGCAGAAAACGGAUGGUGGGAGGACAGGAGGCCUUACCGUGGCAGUUCCAGUGGCAGGUGGCAGUGCAAGAGAAGGGCAAGUUCCGCUGUGGGGGGGUAUACCUGGGGGGCUGCUGGGUUCUGACCGCUGCCCACUGCGUCAGUCCGAAACCUGCAUCAUUCCGGAUAUGGUUCUCUCUGUGGAAGAGGCAUCCUCUGCUGAGCACCACAGACGUCGCUGCAGUGAAGAACAUCAUCAUCCACCAUGCUUACAACCCGCGCACCUACCAGAACGACAUCGCGCUGGUGCAGCUGGAGGAGUUGAGGCAGUCGAAUGAGUGUUUACAGCCCAACCCUGCGGUUCGGCCCGUGUGUUUGCCGUGGUCCACUCUGCAGUUCCAGGAUGGAGACACCUGCACCAUCUCCGGCUGGGGAGGAAACAAAGAGGGAGUCAGUACAGGUGCUCUGAAAUGGGCCAAUGUGACAAUUACUGGAAACUGCAAGACGUAUUAUGAGGAGAGGUUCCUGGAUGGAAUGGAAUGUGCAGGUGAUGUGGACUCGUGUCAGGGCAACUCUGGGGGUCCGCUGGUGUGUGAGGAUGCCAGCGGGCUGUCGUACGUGUGGGGCAUCGUGAGCUGGGGGCAGAAGUGUGGGGAGGCUGGUUCCCCCGGCGUUUACACUAAAGUGGCCCACUAUUUCGAAUGGAUCCGCUUCUACACCGGCUGGCCUGCGGUCACCAAGUACAACCGCUGAGGAAGAACCAAGCUUAGCCCUGCUUUAGGCACACAGUUAAACAUAGUAAAUAGACAGACAUUUUGUUUGCUUUAGUAAUUUAUAAGAUUAUUUACUCCUGUUGUUUUGUAAUGGAAUGCUGUUUAUUAACACUGUAUAAGGAAAGUCCUUUGUUUUCAUUAAAAUGUGUACGGAUACAACUAA